CACAAUUUCUUGACUUUAUCCACUGAAGGUUUUUUGAUUUUAUUUUUUAUUGCGUGACCGUGAAAACGCUCUAUACUCCUUAGGGAGCGUUGCGUUACAAUCCAAAUAACGUCAGCGAAGGGUGUGAAAGAUGUACAUAAAUAUACAGAUUAUGUGGCAUUCUCUGAAAGCCUCGUAUCUAUGGAUAUUAAAUAUCUUACCAUUUAGCCUUUCUUGUUUACAAGGAUUUUAUUUUAUUUUUCUCCACCAACAUUAGCAAAUUUGUAGCCCUUCUCAAAACUUUUAUACGCAAAUGGAAGCCAUUUCUGUUUAGCUGAGGUCAUAUAGGAGCCGUGUAGUAAUCUUAAAGAUAUGAAAUGGGGUACUGAUUUUGAAUUGGAGUACCCCCUGGGACUAAACCAAUGUCUAUAAAAUAAUCUUUUUAACGCGAAACUUUGCGUUUCCCUCCAGUUAUAGGAAUCUCUUCAGAGUAUUAAAACAACGAUCGACAAGUUAUAAACAUUCCAAAGUAGUAUUACUCACGAGAUUGGAAGUAAAUGAUAACAACAAGAACAUUGUGUCAAAACUAGAUAUGUAAUAGUUUCGUGCUUGUAGUUUCAUUGUAGUUAUUAUUAUAAUAAAAACUAUAUACCGAGAACAACAAGACUUUAAAUCAGUAUAAAUAAUCGCGCGCAGCUAGAAAUGAUGAUUUGAUCAAACAAAGACAACAUGGCCCUCUUAGAUGCAAGUUUCCGCAGAGAGUUUUAAUUUGUUCAGCCUUACACCGAGAUGAAGUCUAGGAAGAUAUUUUGGGAACAUGGUCUGAUUGUUUCUUAGAAUAACCAUUUUCGUGUUUGGAUCAUUGUAACAAAGCAAACACUCCUUUUUGGAGGGAGAUAUAAAGUAAUUAGGAGCUACUUUUUCGUUUUGUUUUAAUGUGACCUCUGUUAUAGAUGUUUUUUGCUGCCAAAUUUAAGACUGCCAUACCCACCUUUGUCCUGUCCUUUUGUGUUUUGUGUUUUGUGUUUUGUGUUUUGUGUUUUGUGUUUUGUGUUUUUUUUUUCCUCUGUAGGGAGUUCAAUUCAUCCCCAAUCGGACAUUGUCAUCUUUCAUAUUCAUAUCCGAGUUAUCCGCAGUAUGGUAGCUUAUGGUAGUGGGGCGGGCUCUCUACAUGUUAGACUGUUCUAUGCACGCAAAAGAAAAAGAGAGCGAAGCACGCGGGGGUGGGGGUGGGGUUUGCGAGCGAAGCGAGCAAGAAGAAUCAGUCCCCACCCUUACCAAGUCAAGUCUUCCAGAAAAUAGAGGGCCGUGAACAGUCUAUCACAUGCCGGAUGGCCGGACAUGAAGAGAGCAUCAGAUUUACUCUGCUCAGUUUUGGGAGAGCCAUGGAGGCUGCUCGUUGUCAACAUCCGUGAUCUAAGAAUUGCUUUAGACUGGUCUCCCAAUAGUAAAAUAUUUUGUUUCCCCGGGCCCGCCGAUGGGAGAUCGCGUGAUUAAAUGCCGUGACGUAUAACGUGACGCACGAAUGAAACGUAAUUCCAUUUCGUUCCCAGAUUCUCCGCGGUUGAAUUAAUUUCACCUUUCACCGGACCCUGUUGCCCUCUUAGUCUUGCACGCAAAAUGUUUUACCUAAUUUUGUACGUAGCAGGUACCUUGGUUGUGCUAUCGUUACUCGUGGUAUGUAUUUUUGCGGUAUACUUGGCUCAUAAAAGACGUAAAUUUGCCCACAUCCCAAGUCCACCGAUGUCAAGUUUCUUUAUGGGCCAUGUGAAUGAAAUAGUCUCAUAUCGUCGUACUGGGAAGCAUAGUCAUCACAAAUUUCUUGAAUGGCAUUUGGAAUAUGGCAAGGUGGUGCUUAUUUGGUUAGCUCAUAUGCCAUUUGUUUUAGUUGGUGAUCCAGAAGCCGUUAAGGAUGCUCUUGUAGUAAAGAAUCUUCCAAAGCAUCCAUUAUCCUAUGCAAAUCUUUGUUAUCUGUAUGGACAAAGAUUUCUUGGUGAUGGAUUGGUCACCAACAUGGAUAAUGAGGGUUGGAUAAAAAGACGAGGAGUAUUGAACCCAGCUUUCCAUCGCAAGAGCCUUAAAGAGCUGAUGAGUUCUUUCAACUCCACUGCCAAUCUUUUACUUGAACAUCUUGGAACAAUGGCUGAUGGUAAAACAGAAGUUUGUAUGAUUGACCAGUUUGCCCAUGCAGCACUAGACGUUAUUUGCAAGGUUGCCUUUGGAAUGGACAUGAACAUUAUUGGUGCAAAGGACAAUAAAUUUACUGAGGCAGUUGAACUGAGUUUUCUUGGAUGCGAUGUGGCAAACUUUGAACGACCAUUUCACAAGUGGAAUGUUUUCCAGUACCCUUUUCAGCGGCGUGUUAUCAAGGCAGUCCAGUUCUUGCGUGAAACAGGAAGGAAAGUAAUUGAAGUGAGAAAGAAUGCAAUAAACAAAGGAGAAGAGGUCCCCGAUGAUAUAUUACAGCAUAUUAUUCAGCAACAAGAGGUAGAUCCAAACCUUGGAAUGGAGGACAUGUUGGAUGAUUUUCUGUCUUUCUUUAUUGGUGGACACGAGACUACAGCCAGUUUGUUGUCGUUUUGUGUUCUUGAGCUAGGAGACCAUCCUGAGAUAUUGGAGAGUGUGCUUGAAGAGGUGUUUGAUGUGCUGGGAGAUAAACAGAAUGUUGCGUUUGACGACCUGGCUAAACUGCACCAGCUAGGACUGGCCGGCUUUUUUACAACGUUACUGAGUGUUAACAGUUUCCAUGCAUUUUUUUUUUCUUUCAUGUUUCAGUGGAAUGUUUUCCAGUACCCUUUUCAGCGGCGUGUUAUCAAGGCAGUCCAGUUCUUGCGUGAAACAGGAAGGAAAGUAAUUGAAGUGAGAAAGAAUGCAAUAAACAAAGGAGAAGAGGUCCCCGAUGAUAUAUUACAGCAUAUUAUUCAGCAACAAGAGGUAGAUCCAAACCUUGGAAUGGAGGACAUGUUGGAUGAUUUUCUGUCUUUCUUUAUUGGUGGACACGAGACUACAGCCAGUUUGUUGUCGUUUUGUGUUCUUGAGCUAGGAGACCAUCCUGAGAUAUUGGAGAGUGUGCUUGAAGAGGUGUUUGAUGUGCUGGGAGAUAAACAGAAUGUUGCGUUUGACGACCUGGCUAAACUGCACCAGCUAGGACUGGUAAUAAAGGAGACAUUACGUGUACAUCCACCGGCAGCUGGUACUUUACGAACUUCUGGAAAGGGCCAAGAAAUAGGUGGAUACAAUAUCCCCGCUAACACCGCCAUAAUGUUACUGCUCUCACAUUACAUCUCGAUGUUAGUUCUAACUAAUGGUUGCUACAUCAAAGAAAAUUUUAGCUGCAUGUGGGGGGGGGGGGGGGGGGGNGGGAGGAGUAGAAAUAUUCCUAGUCGCUUCGUGUUACUGAGAUCGGAGAUAAGCACUGACCUGAUGAUGGGACACUUGGCUCGUAUGCAGACUUUACCUUUUACCUUAACGUUUGGCCUAAAAGUGGAGAAUUUUUGCCAUUUAAGACGUGAAAUGACGGCGGAAACUGCGCGCGCAAUGUGUUUGACCUCUGUGCACUGUGAAGAUACCCUUGUUAAUUUGCAGGUGAGCUCUUUUGUCAGCAGUCACUCCCCUGAAUUUUGGACCAAACCAGAAGAGUUUAACCCUUACAGACUCGAAGACGAAGAACUUUUAAAGAGGUCUCAUUAUACUUCCUUUCCAUUUUCUCUUGGACCGCGCAACUGCAUUGGACAAAACUUCGCGCAGAUAGAAGCCAAGGUUCUGCUAUCGCGCUUUCUUCAGACGUUCAAGUUUUCUCUCGUACCUGGUCAAUCGCGCACAUAUCGUGAACGGGUCACGAUUCGACCCAAAGAUGGCGUGAUGUGUACUUUGACUAAAAGGCAUUAGAACAUUAUAUUGCAGGGUGGUCAGGUUUAAGCGCAAUUUUAAUUUCAUUUAAUCUAUAGGACUAUGGUAAAGAAAACAAAUAUGGAGCUAACAUUACCUCCACUAAAACUGAAUUAGAAUACGUAGCAUGUGGUUUUCUUCGCAGCUUAAUCUGUUUGACAGAUUCUUUCACCAUAGCAAAGAUACUUUUUCUCAUGUACAAUGCAAGUAAUGCAAUGGGACAAAAUUUGUGCAAGCGAUGCGCUAGAAUGUUUAUUGGUCAAUAUAUAACGGCAACAAAUCAUUUAAAAAAUUUUGUAACUCAUUUCAGGGAACUAAGGGCUCCUUCUUCUCAACCAAAAAUUCUCGGAACUUUUGAAAUGGGGGCUAAUGGUACAGAAAUUGCCCUAGAAAGUUUCCGGAGAAACCGAACAUUGUUAAAUUUCCGAAGAGCGAAUCAUUCAAGUGAAAGUUCCGGAAAUUCAAGCAGAACAGAAAUUCCUGAUAAGAAAAUUUCGGAAAUGUGGAUAUUGUGAUUUGCGAGGUUGUACUAUUUCCUGGAAACUGUGCAAAGCCAUUUACCAUUAGAAAUUUCCGGAAAUGCAAGCCGGAAUUUUUGGUCGAAUGGAAAGCGCCCUAAGUUUAUUUUGUUUCCGAAAGUACUUAUCAUUUAAUGUCAUUCCAGCACUACAGGUAGCCACCUUAAAUAUCAGCCAAUUCGUUUCAUUUCUUCUUCCUCCUUUUUAUUCUCUACAACUAUUGCAAGUAGGCAUGGCCAGACUGAUUCAUAUAACUUGCAGAGAAAAUACUAGUUCUAAAUACUUGUUUGUGAUCGCUAAAACACUGACUCUGCUUCGGUACCUUGUUUCUUGUUAUUUCUACCAUAGAGUCGGGAAACAAUAAAUUUACUCGAAAAUACUGAUAGGUUCUUCUAACACCUAAAUAUAUGUUACAGUAAUUAAUAUUCAAGCACUAUAUAUUAAUUCUGCUUUUUAUACCAUGCCAUAGAAAAUACAGCCAAUCAGAUUACAGGAAGUUUGUUGUAUAUUCGACGGUUUACA